GCAACGUUACUGAAGAAGUCGUUAAUACAGGAUGCUGUCCGAACAGCUGUUCUAUAACCUCCAAAACCGUAGUCAACCAUAGUCUUAUGUAACAUAUUUAAUUAAGUGUUGUUUACUUUCCUAAAUUAUAAACAAGAUGGUAAAAGCCUCAGAGACCGGGGGCGUAAAGCCCAUGUCCAUUGCUGGACGUUUUAUUCGGGAAAGAGAACGUUUACUUGGUAUGUCAGAUGAAGAAAGAAAGUGGCGAGCCCAAUGGUUAAAAGACCAACAACUAACCCCCAACGAACCCAAACAUGUUCCAGAAUUGUAUAAAGAAAAGUAUAAUUUUAUUCGAAGAGCGUACAAAGCUCCUUUAGAUAAGUUGGCUAGUGUUUUAGAACCAACAUUGGGGCAUGACCGUACUGUGAAGUAUCGGUAUUUUACAGGGAAAUUCUUUUUGGGUUUGUAUUUAACACUAGGAGCAUUUUACUAUUUCAAAUACAACAGCUACGAUUGGACGUAUAAAGGUGGUUGGAAAGUUAUGCACUCCAGGAAGUCAGUGUUACCUGGAGAUCCAAACUGGCCGGAAGUGUCAGACAAGAAGCCUAAUGAAUAUGCUGACUUUGGUUUUAGUAAAAACACUCUAAACUUGUAAAUAAAUAAAAAUAAUCAUAAGAAUUAAUUAGUUGUAUUAGGUAAAAAAUUAAAAAU